UUUCAGGACACCUUCUACCCCUCCUCUAGACCCGUCUUGGAAGAAGCGACAGCAUCUUAUGCCCACAGGGAACCAGUCUUCAGAUAUGAGCGAUGACAACCAUUCUGUUCCCUGUUAGAAACAGUCUUCAGGAGUGAGAGAUGACAAGGAACCUGUUCCUGUUUGUACUUUUCAUGUACCAAUCGUCCGCUGAUUCCAACUGUCUGUGGGCCUCGGAAAGUACACCGUGUCCUGAGUGUGUACGAGGGUGGCAUGGCGUCCACUGUGACAAAAGAUGUAUUGGAUUUUGUGACAGUGGUGGUUGUCAUAAAGACUCAGGAAAAUGCCUUCAGUGCCAGGGCGGCUACUACUCAUCCACCUGUACAAGAAAAUGCCCCCUUCACUGCUGGGAGAACCGUCAAGGGCAUGCUCACUGCAAUCGAACAACAGCACACUGUUUAGAACAUUGUGAGGAUGGAUGGAGGGGAGAUAGAUGUGACCAAGCCUGUAGUGAAGGAUGUGUGGACAACUCGUGCUACCCCUGGGAUGGAACCUGUAACAAGGGCUGCCGUCAUGGAUGGACUGGUGACGACUGUGGCACAAGAUGUCCAAGCGGUUGUCGUCAUAAUGCAUGUGAACCAUCUGGAAAAGGUAGAUGUACCGAAGGAUGUAACCACGGCUUUCAUGGGCAUCACUGUGAUCGACCCUGUGACAGCCGCUGUAGGGGCAGGGAAUGUGUUUAUGACCAUGAAGUAAAGUCUGCAGUUUGUACUGAGGGGUGCGUCGACGGGUGGAUGUCCUCUGAUUGCCAGAAGAAGUGUCCACCCAACUGUCAGGCUUGUCUACAGGAGUCUGGACAUUGUUCCCGAUGUUCUCACGGUUACUGGGGAACGGACUGUGCCAACGCGUGUAGUUCCACGUGUUCUGAGAGGACAUGUGAUGAGGAUGGGAGGUGCUUUGCAUGCCAGUCUGGUUACUAUGGUAACACUUGUGAGAGAUACUGCGGGACUGAUUGUACAAUGUGCGAAAUGAAGAACACAGACGGUGUCUAUGAUGACGUGUGCGCGGAGCUGUGCCUGAACAACUCACAUGGAACUCCUGGUUCUCCUUCUGCAGUCCAGACAUAUGAGAGAAAUACAUCUGGCAGGUGUGAAGAAGGGUUUCUGCUUCCUCUUGUCACAGUUCUCUUCCUGAACAUUUGUUUGGAUUCAUGAUGUACAUGAGGGGUCUCCUCAUAGAGCAGGCGCAUAAUCCCAAUCCUCUACAGGCUGCCUGCACAGUGAGGAUAAACCGUACAUUAAAUGUUUUUGUAUUAAAGAUAUCCUCUUUGACUUGGGGCUGGUCAUCAGUG